AUGGAUCGUGGUCAAAAAAUUGAUAAUUUCUUAGAAGCAAAGACUCAAUUAAGUUCGCAAUUAAAUAAACUUUAUCGUCAUAGUGCUAAUCGGCCACAUGUUGAACAACAAUGUCCCGAUUUAUUAAAAGUUAUUGAAGACACGGAUACGGUUGAUGGGGCUAGUGAUGAUCGGCGGCAUUCAGAAACUAUUCACCUUCAUUUAACAUUAAAUGAUUUACGUCAAAAAUUGAACAACAUGGCCAUAAUGUUAAACCAACAACAUUCAUUUAUCUAUGCUAGAUAA